AUGGCGUACAGGCUCCUCGUCUUCGCCGCGCUGCUCGUCGCGCGCCGCUCCGUCGCUGAUAGCACGUACCCGGCCGACUGCCCCUACCCCUGCCUCCCACCCCCCACGGCGCCGGUCACCACCAACUGCCCGCCGCCACCGCCGUCCUCCUCGUACUCGUACCCGCCACCGCCACCGCCCUCGUCGUCGUACUGGAACUACCCGCCGCCCGGGGGCUACAUUCCCUACUACCAGCCUCCCAGCUCCGGCAGGGGCGGGGGAUCCGGCUUCCCAGCGCCCCCGCCGCCGAACCCCAUCCUGCCGUGGUACCCGUGGUACUACAGGUCACCGCCGUCGUCGUCGGCAACGUCGGUGAGCGGGCGUUCAAGUCUAGGCGCGGUGGCCGUGGCGACUGCUGCUGCUGCUCUGCUGAUCAUGUUUUAG